AGUGACUUCUCAUCCCUCACACCUUCACUCCUCUCUCCUCGCUCCACGAUCACCUCGAUCGUCCUCCGCGGUGAAAGAUGCUGUCUUGUACGGAGAUGAUCACCAUGUGCCUGCAGUCCGCCAAACACAAGCACCUGCGGGUUCAGCAGCAGCAGCUGCAGCCGAGCAGCGACGGCCAGGGACUGGGCAUCUUUCAUGAUAUUUUCCGCCGAGCCGACAAAAACGAUGAUGGCAAACUGUCAUUCGAGGAGUUCAAUACUUACUUUGCGGACGGGAUCCUGACCACCGAGGAGCUGCAGGAGCUUUUCUUCUCCAUCGAUGGCCGACAAAGCAAUAAUCUGGACACUGUCAAGCUCUCAGAUUAUUUCUCUCAGCACCUGGGGGAGUAUCUGAACGUCCUCUCGGCUCUGGAGAGUCUGAAUGGGGCCAUUUUAAAGGCGAUGGAUAAAACUAAAGAGGAGUACCAGGGCUCCAGUGUGUUGGGUCAGUUCGUCACCAGGUUCAUGCUCAGAGAGACGUCCAGUCAGCUGCUGUCUCUACAGAGGUCACUGCAGUGUGCCAUGGAGGCUGUGGAGGAGCAGAGCAGCCCUGCACCGAGAGAGGUAAAGGCCCCCGACCUGACAGCAGUACAGAGGAAUGGCAGGCGAUGCGGUCGGAGGGUCCAUAAUAAUCUGUGCAUGUCCCCGUCAGAUCCCUGCUCUGGCAUCUUGACCACAGGUGUGAACAUGGAAGACGGAGAGAACUGGUGCUCUCAAGUCAACAGGCUGCAGCAGCUUCUGGACAAACUGGAGUGUCAGAGUCCCAAGCUGGAGCCACUGAAGGAGGACAAGCUGGCCAACACAUACAAGUCUAACAUCCUGCUGGUUCACAGGCAGCUGUCUGUGACUGACGGAGAUCAGGACAACCUCCAGAAAGUUGUGAAAAGCUACAUUGAUGCCACCUCAGCUCAAUCUGACAACCUGCAUGUGUCUGUUCAGAAGCUACCGGGAAAGUCAUGUUACAUAAUGUAUGAGUUCUGGCAAGAUCGCAUCUCCUGGAUGAGCUACCUGCAGUCCAACAGCAGUAAGGAUUUCCAGCGCUGCAUCAUCGACAUGUUAGAGGACACUGAAGUCGUCUCUACUAUGUUGCUUCCAGCUUCCUGGUGGAUCAUGACUAACAACUGAAUCCAGAAUGGCCUAUCCACUGUCUACACUGCUCACAUGGACGAAGACGCACAGGCGCUGCAACCCACCCCCACCCGCAUACACGCACACAUGCACGCACACAUGCACGCACACAGUACAACUCAAAACACAUAUGUGUGUUUGAAGCAACAGGAGACAGAGACGAUGGCGUCACCCGGCUUCCUCCAGCAGCAUCUCUUAUCACUCCUCUUGUCUUCGACUGCUCGUUAUUGUGCCGCUUGUAUCAAACAGGGGGAUCCACCCUAUAGGCGAUCUAAAGACUUCAAAGUGACCGAUUCUCUGCAUUGCAACAGCCGGUUUAUUUUCCUUUAUUUAUCCUCCUACCCAUAGAAACUUGUGCUCCGUCCUCCCGUCUCUCGCGGCGUUCGCCUGUUAAUUCCAGCGGAGAACAACCGAAACACUAGCAGAGGCGGUCAGAGCAAACUUACAUUGGGAAUGAAAAUCACGAGUUGUGUUAUGUUGUAAGUGUUUGAGGCUCGUGACGAGUUGUUUACAGAUGAAUGCUAUUAACGUGGUGGGGGGGGAGGCAGAGGUGAUGAAGGGUUACUGCGGCCUAAUCAUGCAUGCUGAUCACAAGAGCUUUCAGGAAUCGUUCCUUUAAAGCCUGGCUGUACAUGUUGUAUUAUAAUGUAGAACUGUUUUUCAUUUAGUUACGUGACAAAAAAAAUAAAAUAA